CCUGAAGUAGUUCAAGUCAUUCCCGUUCGGCCCACUAAAUUCCCGUUCAACGUCAUCAUCAUUUGCAUUCAGCACCACCUGAGCGCCAACAUGCGCUGCAACGCGCUACCCGGCAUUGUACAUCGUUACACGGAUCACGACUACCAUCAACGCUGUCCCUCGAUUUCAAGCUUGAUAAGAGCCAGCCCCGCACAGCCCCACGGCACCCCCCACCGAGAUGACCAAGAUCACAAUCCACCCAGGCGAGCACGAGGACCCGAAGCCGUGGCGCGGCGCGCUUGCCCCCCGUGCGUAUGCGCCAUCCAAUGCGGCACACAAGAGCUUAAAUGGCGAAUGGAAGUUUGCUUUCGAGCAUACUGCCGCGCGGAGUGCCGCGACAUUUGAGUUCGAGAAGUCGGAGUUCGCAGAUGGUGAUUGGGAUACUAUCUCCGUCCCGAGUACAUGGGUGCUCCAGGAUGGCAAGUAUGGUUGGCCGGCGUACCAGAACAUCCGGUAUCCAUUCCCUAUCGACCCACCCUUCGUGCCCACUGAGAAUCCCACGGGGCUGUACCGUUUACAGUUCGACCUCCCCUCAGACUGGCCAAGCGCCGGAAAGACCAUCCUCCGCUUCGACGGCAUAGAAUCCUGGGCCAAGGUCUGGCUGAACGACAUCGAGCUGGGCACGACCUCCGGCUCGCGCCUCCCUACCGAGUUCGACGCCCCAGUGCAAGCGCAUAACACACUCGCGGUCCAAGUGCACCAGUGGAGUGCGGCGACGUACGUCGAGGACCAGGAUCAGUGGUGGCUGCCCGGCAUCUUCCGCGACGUCACCCUCAUCCACCGUCCGUCCAAGGCCGUGCAGGACUAUUUCGUGCACGCUGACUAUGACCACUCAAACGGCUCAGGCAAGCUUAUGGUCGAGUGUACACCCAGCGGAACGGUGCGCGUGCCCGAGCUCCAAAUCCAGAUACCCACCGGUGAGCCGUUGCACAUCCCCGAGGUCGAGCCGUGGUCGGCCGAGAUUCCGCGCCUGUAUGAGGCUGAGCUGGACACUGGGGCCGACGGCGAGAUCAUUCCCUUCAAGAUUGGGUUCCGGAGCGUCAAGAUCGAGGACGCGCAGCUCAAGGUCAAUGGCCGCCGCAUCCUGUUCCGCGGUGCCAAUCGCCACGAGUUCCACCCCGAGAAGGGGCGCACGCUUGACCUCGAGACGAUGCGGCAGGACAUUGUUCUGAUGAAGAAACACAACCUCAACGCCGUGCGCUGCUCGCACUAUCCUCCUCAUCCAGCGUUUUUGAGCUUGUGUGAUGAGUACGGCUUGUGGGUGAUUGACGAGGGCGACUAUGAGACGCAUGGCUUCGAGAACGUCAAGUGGAAGGGCAGCCCGGCAGUCGAGGACAUGUGGACCGAAACAUUGGUGAAUCGCACCGAGCGCAUGUUUGAGCGUGACAAGAACCACCCUUCGGUCAUCAUUUGGUCGCUUGGGAACGAGGCGGGCUUUGGCCCAAACAUCGGCCGCAUGGCCGAGGCUAUUCGCAAACGCGACUCCCGACCGAUCCACUACGAGCGCGACCUGAUCGGGCAGUAUGUCGACAUCUACUCGCGAAUGUACGCUACCCAGGAACUGUGCGAGAAGAUCGGCAAGGUGGAAGAAACGGCUGAGGACGAGAUCGAGUGGAUGGGCCACAUGUUGUUCUCCAAGGAGCAGCUGAACGAUAAGGAGCUUGACGCCAAGCGUCGCGCUAUGCCCUUCAUCCAGUGCGAGUACGGACACGCAAUGGGCAACGGCGGCGGUCUCAGCGAGUACCAGGAUGUGUUCCACAAGUACCCGCGUACGCAGGGCGGGUUCAUUUGGGAGUGGAUCGACCAUGGCAUCCUGCAGCGCACGGAAGAUGGGAGGGAGUACUAUGCGUACGGUGGCGACUUUGGCGAGGAGAUCCACGACGGCAACUUUGUGUGCGACGGCCUGCUGUUCCCGAACCGCAAGCCAUCGCCGAGCUUGAUCGAGUACAAAAAGGUCAUCGCCCCAGUUGCUAUUACCGGCAAAGACGGUGAGCUGUCAAUCUUGAACCGCCACGACUUUGCCGACACAUCGGCGCUUGAGUUUGCUUGGCGCCUCGAGAACGAUGGCAAUCUCGUGGAGGAGGGGACUCUUGACGUUCCGCCCAUUAAGGCUGGCGAAACGGGCACUGUGUCGCUGCCAAACAAACAGGCGGACGGCGAGACGGUGUUCACGAUUUCGGCGAGGCUCAAGGAGGAGACCUCUUGGGCCGAAGCCGGUCACGAGAUCGCCUGGGGCCAGAUUUCAGUUGACACUGUGCCGCCGGCCGCACCGGUAGAGGAAACUGUGGCGCCCGAGGUGCAUGACGGGACGAUCGUGCUUGGUCCUGCGCACAUCCGUCUGCAGGAUGGACAGCUCACUCAGCUUGGGUCACAGCGGGUGACAUGGGCCAAGCUUGAUGUGUGGCGUGCCCCGACGGACAAUGAUGUGUGCUUCGAGAAGCAGUGGCGCGCGGCUGGGUUCGACCGCAUGAAGCACCGCACCGAUAGCAUUGAGGUUACCGAGACGUCGGUGGUAGUGAGCACACGCGUCGCAGCAUGGGACACGGGCCGCGCUCUCCGCACUGAUUACACGUACACAUCGGAUGGCAAGUCACUGCACGUGAUCGUGAAUGUGACGCCCGAGGGCGAAUUCCCUGCGCCGCUUCCGCGCCUUGGCUUCCUCCUCGGCCUGCCGAAGACGCUGGAGCAUGUGGGGUGGUUCGGCAUGGGGCCCGGCGAGGCGUACCCGGACUCGCACAAGGCGCAGCGCCUAGGCGCGUUCGAGAGCAGCAUCGACGACUGGCAGACGCCUUACGUCUAUCCGCAGGAGAAUGGAAACCGCGCCGGCGUACGUCGGGCCACGCUUUCAGGCCCAGAGGGUGGGCUUACUAUCGCCGGCGAGCCAUUCAAUCUUGGUGUCAAGCGUUGGACAAGCGUCGAGCUUGCUGCUGCCAAGCAUACCAUUGACCUUGUCCCUGGCCACAACGUUUGGGUCAAUAUUGACCAUGCACUUAACGGUCUCGGCACGGCGGCGUGCGGGCCGCCUCCUCAGAAGCAAUUCCUGCUCAACGCCCACAAGACCAAGUUUGCAUUCGCGCUCACGCCCAAGGACAAGUAGUGGAUGUGUUCAUGCCGUGAAAUAUGUGAUGAACAUGUAAGAUGUAGCCGCGUCGGUGUCCAUGGAUCCGAGGCUUUCGGCUUCUGUUCAUGUACUGCCAAGACGCCUGCCGG